AUGGGGGGAGGAAGGCAGCCAUGCUGGAGCUGGGCUCAUGUUCUGAAACUAAGGCCGACAUCCGAGACAAGCCACAGCGUGAGUCUAUGGAAGUGUAAGUAUUGCUCGAAUAUUUACACCGGCAUGGCUAAACGAGUUCGCGCUCACCUUGGGGGUGUGAAAGGAAGGAAUGUAGAGAUUUGUAGAGGACAAGUGCAACUGGAGGUGGUGAACAAGGCUUGGGCAUCUUUUAAUCGUGUGGAGCUCAUGAAGAGCUCCAUGAUUGCAGCAAGUCCCCAAGAGAGACUUGCCUUAGCUAACGAGACUGAGGUCGGUGAAGUGAGUGGCGAUGCCAGCUGCUGGGCAAGCGGUGGGGCUACUGGAGGGCUGGGCGAGGUGAGUAGCGGCAGCGUUCCACUUUCCGGGAGCAGCAGUCUUAAACAAAGUGCUGCACCGGCGCUGAAUGGUGACAUUCGAAAGAUGAUGAAGUCUGCAAAGGUUAAAUGUCUGGAUGAUGCCAUGGCCGAGUUUUUCUACAUUGAAAAUAUCCCUUUCAACACCAUUCGGAGGCCAAAUCUGAGGAAGUUGCUUCAAGCUGCUAUCGACUUCAACCCUAGAGCUCUUGCACAGAUGAUGGGAUAUGAGAAGCUGCGGAGUACACAGUUGAAGAAGCUUUAUGAUAGUGUCAAUGCUCAACUUGAUCCAAUCCGUGAGGGGUGGAGAAGAUAUGAAGUUAGCAUCGUCACUGAUGGUUGGUCUGACAACCAUAGCCAAUCCUUGAUCAACUUCAUGGCCUCCAACAUCCAGGGUUCGGUUUUCUUGAAGUCUGUAGAUUCCAAGGGUAGGACAAAGACGGAAGAGUGGAUUUGGGUCAAGCUAAAGAAAGUGAUUCAAGAAGUUGGCGAAGAAAACAUUGUUCAGGUGAUCACUGAUAAUGCAUCAAACUGUGUGCAGAUGGGAGAACUCAUGACAGCUAAGUAUCCUCACAUUCUCCACAGCCGGUGUGUGUGCCAUGUCUUAGACCUUCUCUUCGAAGACAUCGGGAGCUUGUUGUGGGUAAAACCAUUGGUGAAAGGCUGCAAUGAGGUGGUAACUUUUAUCACCAAAAAACCUCGUGUUUUGGCUUUGUUUCGGAAGCUGAGCAAUCGGGAUCUCAUCAAGCUGGCUAGCACAAGGUUCGCUUACAUGUUUCUAGUGAUGUCUCAGCUCCUGAAUCUGACAACCUUGGAGGCAUUGAAGGAGAUGUGCCAGCACUUGUUGGUGCUGCUUGGACUGCUCCUCAAGGUCUUGAAGCUUGCGGACCGGGAGGGGGCAACUUCCGGUCUCAUUUUCGAGGCUAUGGACCGGAUGAAUGAGAAGCUUUCAGAGGCUAUUGAGACUGGGAUUUUAGCUGAGGAAGAGGUUGAGGAGAUCAACAGGUUCAUGAUGGAGGAUCAUGGCAAGGGACGUCGGAAAGCAGCUCGUUGGUUCCAGAUGCAUUCGAUCUUGUAUGGAGCUGCUUUUAUUCUGAACCCAGCUUUUCUUCAUCUCCCUCUCGACCAGGAGGCUUAG